UAAAGCCUAAAAUGUGACAAUGCAGGGGCGACUACCGAAUGGUACAUUGAUUGCUGUAAAGAAGCUAUCUUCCAAAUCAUGUCAAGGAAACAAAGAGUUUAUAAACGAGAUUGGUAUAAUCACUUGCCUACAGCACCCGAACCUUGUAAAGCUCUACGGAUGUUGUGUUGACAAAAACCAGCUCCUUCUUGUCUAUGAGUACAUGGAGAACAAUUGUCUUGCAGAUGCAUUAUUUGGAAGAAGCAGUCUGAAACUAGACUGGCAAACAAGACGCAAAAUAUGCUUGGGAAUAGCGAAAGGGCUUGCGUUUCUUCACGAAGAUUCAGCGGUCAAGAUCAUUCACCGAGACAUCAAAGGGACAAAUGUACU